GUUUUGUUUAGUUCCUGCUCUGGUCCGAGACCAGAGAUCCCGGUUCUGAGCGGCGGUCCGGUGGAGUGAGUGGGGGUGGUUCCGCCUCAUUGGUCAGCGGGUUGACCGACAGGAUUGCUGACCUCAGAUCUGCUCCUCCCGGCUCCACCAGGCUGCUGCAGUAUAAAACCUGCAGCCUGAGUCUGCGGACACACACGCUGUGCAGGAACACACACACACCAACGACACGAAGGUUUUUACACGUUCAUCCCUGGAGCUGAAAACAUCUGUCAGGAGACGAUGAGCGAACUGGAAAACGCCAUGGCGACCAUCAUCGCCGUGUUCCAGAAGUACUCCGAGCGAGAAGGGGACAAACACAAGUUGAAGAAGAGCGAGCUGAAGGAUCUGCUUCAUGACGAGCUGCCAGACCUGAUGGCGCAUGUGAAGGACCAGUCCACCCUGGACAGCCUGAUGGAGAGCCUGGACACAGACGGAGACUCUGAGUGCAACUUCCAGGAGUUCAUGGCAUUCGUCUCCGUGGUUACCGCCUGUUGCCAUGAGUUCUUUGUACAUGAGGACGAAUGAGGACACGGAGACAAAAGAGAGCAGAAACUGUGGAGACGUUAGACUAGUCCAGACCAGAGGUAGCCUCACCUAGAACUAGUUUAAAUCUGGCUAAUCUGGUUUAAACUCAGUUAUUCCAGUGCUUUAGAAGCUUUACUCCUUACAUUUGAUGUUGGUAUUAAAGACUAACAAGUUUUAUUUUGUCCAGUUUCUGAUUUUAAGAAUUUCUGGAAAUUUUAAAGAAUAAAAGCAUUUCGGACAAUUUGUAUAAAAGGAUACAUUUUCUAAAAUGUCUGAUUUUGGUUUAAAAAUAUCAGAAAAUUUAACAAAAAGCUAAUUUAUUUAAAAAUUGGUGGUCAGAAGGUUUGUUUGUUUUUAUUUUGGUGGGUGUGGUUGAUUAAAUUCCAAUUUGAAACAUGUAGGAUAAAAGAAUCAAGCAACAUAUUUUGCUCUUAAAUAAUGUUAUUUUAUCAUUUCCAGCUAAUCUGACAUCUGAUGUUUCUAUUUAAUUUAAUAGAUUUAAACGUAGUUUUGUUCAAAUGAACACAAUUUGGUUUAAAGUUUCGGUUAUUUGAUGUUUUCUUGUUUAAAAUGUUUAGCAAACUAUUUAAUUUCUCAUGUUAAUUUAGAAACUUGCAUUUUCACAAUGAAGAAGUUUAAGCAGAAGAUUUUUCUAACUUUAUUUUGUAGUUUUAGUUUUGUUUACUGCAGGUCAUUUUUUUUGUUUGCUUGUUUUAGUUAAAAAAAAUCUGAAAAUAAAAAUGUGGAUGAAAACAGA